AGUAGCCAUGCGCCAUUACGCUCGUCCCUCGGCCUACAACAUGUAGCAGCAGGGUCUAACCUUUAGUUACAGUCUAUGGGUUUAACCAUAGACUGUAAAUAAAAAUGAUUUAACACCUGUUGCUAUCGGUUGCUAUGCGUUGAUUUUUUGCUUGAUGUUAAUUGGACCAGAAACCAGAGUCAUCAAACUCAUCCAAUGGCUGCUAAGGUCGCGAGGGCAACAUCGAACGUUACGGGUUCGAGUCAGUUGAAGUGGGGCACGAGCGCCCCCAACUAUAAUGUGAAGUCAGUGAGACCGUCUUCAACACUUUUCCGUUCCUCCUCACUUAUCCCAACAAGACCACUGACUUUGAUGGUGUGAAGAAUCUGACCAAGUUCUGAAGAGUUCAAAAUGGCAUUUGAUGGGCCCCCGAGUACAUCUGCAUAUUCACUGUUCCCCAGUUUCCAGCAUCAGGUCAGUGUAAACGGAGGAGUUGGAAGAAAUGGUAGCAUGUCAUCUCCCAUUGUUUCACACCCCAGCGUGUCGAUUCUGGAACAGGACACAUCUAGUAAGCACAGGUCUCACAUUGCUAAUGAUGAUCCCUUUGGCCUUAUCACUAGUGCUCAGAGCAACAUCAAAAGCAGGAAACCUACAGAUAACACUGACUGUGACGGGGAGACUGGUCUACGGCGACUCGUAUCAAAUAUUUUGGAUGAUGCAGAUUCACAGGACAGCUACUUCAGUGAUAGGAGCCGCCCAUGUAUACCCCUCUGGCCUGCACUGACAGAAGAACUGCCAGAAUACUCACAAUUAGAGAUGAAAACACAACAGAACCAUAUCUUUCCUCCAAACUAUGCAUUCCCUGAGGCUUUCAGUAAAACACGGGGGCAGUCUGUCAACAAAGAUGUGGAGGAGUUUUUCCAGCAGGCCAAUGGCAAUACUACAAAUCAACAAUGGCUUUUUAAUCUGCCUAAUGGAGACAGAGACAGCUACACUCAAAAUACUCAUCAGAAAAUGCCAUCAGGUCGACCAAACAGCAUAAGCGCCUACCUCUCCCAGAAACAACAAGGCAAAUCUGACUACACAUUACCUUACAAAGACGGGAGAAACGGUCAGCCUAUGAAUCAUUUCCCUGAUCUCAGUGACGUUCUAAGAUCUGACAGUGAAAUGAGAAGCCUGUGUUUUAAUCCUAGUUAUGAAGAUCACUUCAGCCAGAGCAGUGCAAAGCCCAUCAGUAAUGAACAGUGCACUUCCCAAGAAGUGAACCAACUGGUCAACAGUUUGCAGUCAUUCAUGGCCGGUGAAAACGACAGCCUGUGUCAGGUAGACUUUCCAAGCAUGCACAGGCAGUCAGUGGCCAUGCACUAUGAUGAAACCAUGGCUGAACAAUGCAAAAUCAUAGCUUCUGCAAUGUCAUCACAACGGGGUAGAAAGUUUGGGGCUGAGCUGAUGGAACAAAAUGGAGGAGAAAAUAACCAAAUAGUGAAUUAUCAUGCCUUUCAAGAUCAGCCUGGAUUCAGCCCUCAAAACGCAAACUACUUCGAGCAACCAAAACCAAUCUUUGCAUCUUUAAACGGCAGCAAUCAGUACCAAAGCAAAGUGACCAUGCACAGAAAAAACGCUCCCAUCCCCAGCAUGAACAUGGACCAGUUUUCAAAGCAGCACAUUCAGCAAGCUAAAGUACAGAGCAAGAUCAGGCCACCGAUGCAGGAAGAAAAGAGGAGGAUGCUGCUGUCAGGUUUUCCAGGAGAAGGUGUCCAGGCAAGACCCCUAACCGACACUGACAUGCCAGGAGGAGAUGAGAAAUGGGGCCUCCUUCAAAACAUGUAUUUCGACCCCAUCGAGAACAUGCAGUUAAAGAGAAUUGAGGAAGAAAACACGAUUCGUGCAGCAAACGCACAGCAGCUCCUUCCUUGUGUGUGCCCUGUUAAUGACUCUGGAAGGAUAUCUAGUGUUACCAUGAACCACUCCAACUUAAGCUCCAGAGCCACACUGCCCUACGGAAGAACCGCUCCUGGCAUGGACAUUGGAGAUGUGAUGUCAGCCAAUGAGUCUGCAGCUUUGAACUUCUACGUCAGGGGUAUGAGGACCCACCGAGUAGAUGGCACCUAUCAUGGCAAUGCCUCCGCCAUGACCACGUCAGUGGUGAUGAAUCGAGGAGGAGGACCUGUGCUUCAGCUCAACGUCUACCUGGAGGAGUGCUAUGAGCAGUGGUCAUGUUUGGAGAUGGAGAGAGAGAAGACACAGGCCGUCCUUUCCCUGACAUUCCCUGGCAAAAAAAGUGCUCCAGUGAACAACACCAACAUGCCCAGGACUCCACCAAACCCUACAAGAGUGGACCACCUCAUCUUCAAAAACCAAAGAGAACAAGCCAGGGUAGCGGGCCUUCUGGAUCGAAUGGUGCGUCUGUGCAACAUUCCUCUCCACGCAAACAUCCACUCUGCACUUACCAGGCACAACACGGCAAUUUGCAUCACCCAGGCCAGACGCAAGGAGGAGAUCGCCAACCUGCCUAAACAUCAGUGCCAAAGAGCUCACUUCACAGAGGACAGAGACACCCUGUUGAUGGCCAUUGCACUGAAAGACCUUGCUGUUACCACAAGGAAACUCCGCAACGCCCUGUGGUGUGCUCACCAGAUGAUACUCCCAAAACCUGUCAGGGUGCAGGAGCAGCAUGCGGUCAGGGAGGCCUCACACACAAGAGGAAGCCCCUCUCCAUUUGAGGUUUACUCUUUUUAGGAAAUGCCUCAACAGGCACCAAGCAUGAGUUAAAGGUCUGAUGGAAUUGAAACCACUCCUGAAUACACUUGUCAUACAUUUCCCAUAAGCAGCAGAGGGAUGUAAAAGAUGUUCCACCUACCUGCUAGUCUAUUGUAACAUCUCACCUGCAGCACUGCAAUCAUUGCAGAACACAAGAUGUACCAUUUGAAGCUUGAUGAUGGCAGCACGCUGAAGCUUCAUGCAGCUAUGUUUUGUUCUGUACAAUUAGCAUGAAAUAAUUUAUUCUGCUGCAUCUUAACUUCAUUUCAUACAAUUAGUGUUUGUUCUAAAGUAAACCGAGUUUUGCCCAAG